AUUUGAGACAUUUGAUAAAUUUAAAAAAAAAAAUCUUAUCAAAACAGCAAACAUUUUAAUUAGCUCUAUAGUAUGUGUUCAUAGUCAAAAGAAACAUAAUUUAAAAAAAUACAGAAAUAAAAAUAUUAUUAUAUUUAAUGCAUUUCUAUUUUUUAUAAAAUGAAGAAGGGACAAAUGAAAUAAGACAGGAAGGAGGAUGCUGGAACUAUUGUGAGGAUGUAACCUCAACAUCAUUCUCUUUAGUGGUAAUAAUUUGAAGCCUUUAAUUUUUGACAUAUGGACUUAAGAAUUGCGAGGGUCGGCUGUUGAUCCUGUUAUUAUUCAUUUCUUGUUUCUUCUUCUUGAUGUUUCCACAGACUUGGCAUAAAGAGAAAGUAUGCGAUGUUCUUUGCUCAGGUAAUUUAAAGUCCAGUAUUCAACACAAAAUAGUUAAACAUAAUGCGAAUUUACAUCAGUCUUCUCCUUGGGCUGCUCAUUUUGAUUACUAUGCUCGAUGAACCCGUUUGCUGUUGUAAUUCUGAAGCAUUAUGCAUCAAUACUGAGAGACAAGCUCUUCUAGAGUUUAAACAAGAUUUGAAAGAUCCUUCCAACAGAUUGUCUUCUUGGGUUUCUGCAGAAUUCGAUUGCUGCAAAUGGGUUGGAAUUGUUUGUGAUAAUGUAACCGGUCAUGUCACAGAGCUCAACCUCAGGAAUCCUAUCGACUUUCAGUUGUUGCAUUAUGACACGUAUGAAAGGUUCAAGCUGCAGGGUACCAUAAACCCGUCUUUGCUCCAUUUGAAGCAUUUGAGUUACCUUGACUUGAGCUACAACAAUUUCGGAGGUAUUCCAAUUCCUAGCUUUAUUGGUUCUAUGGCGAGUUUAAAGAAACUCCAACUUCAUGGAGCCGGAUUUCAGGGAUUAGUGCCUCAUCGACUUGGAAACCUUUCCAGUUUACGCGAGCUUGGGAUAGAAGGAGCUUGCGCGUAUAUGGGUGAAGCGAAGCUGUACGUUGAUAAUCUCCGUUGGCUUUCCCUUUUAACUUCUCUGCAAUUUCUAGAUUUGAGUUGUGUGAAAAUUGGUGCAGGAUCCGACUGGUUGCUGGUAGUCAACAUUCUCCCUUCUUUAUUAGAAUUACGCUUGUCCAAUUGCAAUCUUGUCGAAAUUCCUUCAUCAGUGGAAGUUAAUUUCUCAUCUCUUUCUGUACUUGACAUUUCACAUAAUCAUUUUGGUACCUCAAUUCCCAAUUGGAUUUUAACUCUCAGUAGUCUUACUUCUCUUGAUCUUAGCUUUUGUUACUUCAAAGGCCCGAUUCCCAACGAAUUAUCCAACUUGACUUCUCUGUUAAACCUUGAUCUUUCUGCAAAUUUUCUUUAUGGUCCGAUUCCAUCCAGUUUCCAGAACCUGACUGCUCUUAAAAAGCUUAGUCUCUAUGGGGCCAAUCUCACCAGUUCCACCAUUCCUCAGUGGCUGUAUACGUUUAGACAUCUCGAGUUUCUUGAUCUUUCUCAUACUAAUGUGCAAGGAGAAAUCUCAUGCGCCAUUGGAAACCUGUCAGCGCUUGUUACUCUCAAAUUGGCAUUCACUAAACUUGAAGGAACAAUUCCACAAACCAUGGGAAAUCUUUGCAAUUUGCAAGUCAUUUUCUUGUCAGAUAACAGAUUUGGCGGAGAGGUGUCAAAACUUUUUGAAACUUUUUCUGGCUGCAUUUCGCAGAGUCUAGAAGAGUUAUGGUUAGGAGAUAAUAACUUUUCGGGUUAUAUAGGUAAUGAAAUUGGACAACUGCGAAAACUUCGGGCUCUUCAGUUAUCAAAUAAUUUCAUAUCUGGUCCUCUUCCUGAAUCUAUAGGAAGUUUAUCAUCCUUGACUUGGGCAUAUUUUUCUAAUAAUAAACUUUUUGGAGCUCUUCCGUUAAGCUUUGGAAACCUGUCAAAUUUGCAAUAUAUUGAUAUUUCAAACAACCUGCUGGAAGGGGUUGUCUCAGAAAUUCACUUCAUAAAUCUCACCAGUUUAAAAGUACUCGUCGCCUCUUAUAAUCAUCUGAGUUUAAAAGUAAGUCCAGAUUGGGUUCCUCCGUUUCGUCUCAAUAACUUGGGAUUGAGAUACUGGAAUUUAGGACCCGAAUUUCCCAUUUGGCUUCAGUCUCAAGAUUAUUUCGAGUACAUUGACCUGUCUUGCACUCAGAUUUCAAAUAGCAUUCCAACUUGGUUUUGGAAUUUAACUUCCCAUAUCCAAUAUUUAAAUCUCUCUAAUAACCAAAUCCGAGGUCAGCUUCCAAGUAAUAUCAGUAUUGAUUCAUUGCGGCCAACAAUUUCCCUUGGAUCCAACCGAUUUCAGGGUCCAUUGCCUCGUUUCACAGCAGACAUAAUGCAGUUAGAUCUUUCCAACAAUUUCUUCUCAGGAUCUCUUGCUAACUUCCUAUGUUAUCCAGUGGUCGUGGCAACUUCCUUGAGAAUUCUUCGCCUUGACAGAAAUAAAAUUUCAGGUCAAAUUCCAGAUUGUUGGAUGAACUGGCAAUCGCUGAUAGUCAUAAAACUGGGGAGUAAUUGUUUGACUGGAAAAAUUCCAAGCUCCAUAGGAUACUUGCGAAAUCUAUUGUCAUUACAGUUACGAAACAAUAAUCUCUCUGGAGAAAUCUCCUCUUCUCUUGGAAAUUGUACAGAGUUGUUGACUCUUGAUCUUGCUGGAAAUGAAUUUCUUGGAAAUGUACCAACUUGGUUUAGUAGCAAUUUUCCAAAUCUUUUGGCUCUUAGUCUUCGCUCCAACAGGCUGAGUGGACAAAUUCCGUCAGAAAUUUGUAGCUUCAUUUCUCUCCAAAUACUUGACUUUGCGGAUAACAAUUUGUCCGGAAGAAUACCAAAAUGCAUAGGCAAUCUCACAUCCAUGACCAGAGUGAAAAGAUCGAGAAAUAAGGUACUUAUUACUUCAACGAGUUACUUUUCGCUAGUCGAACAAUUUAUAGAGAAUGCAUAUCUAGUGACAAAAGGGAAAGAAGUCGAAUACGACAGCAUUUUAGCAUUGGUAACGAGCAUGGACUUUUCAAGCAACAUGAUAGCAGGAGAGAUUCCAGAGGAAAUAACUACUCUUUUCGGGGUGAGAUCAUUGAAUUUAUCGGAAAAUUAUUUGACCGGAGAGAUUCCAAAGAAUAUUGGUGAUAUGCGAAUGGUGGAAUCAAUUGAUUUAUCAAGAAACAGACUUUCAGGCAACAUUCCUCCAAGCAUGGCUAGAUUGAACUUCUUAAGUAUCUUGAAUCUUUCUUAUAAUGACUUGUCGGGGGAAAUUCCAUCGAGCACUCAGUUGCAAAGCAUCGAUGCAUCUAGCUUUCUUGCCAAUAAACUUUGCGGACCUCCUCUCGAAAGCUGCGGAAAUGGUAAGAUUCCGCCCGGCACGGACGAUGCAAAUGGAAAAAAAGAUGAUGGGGCAGAAGUAGAAGAAUUUUACUUGGCCUUGGUGAUGGGAUUUGUAGUAGGUUUCUGGGGAAUCUUUGCUCCACUAUUGUACAACAGCUCAUGGAGACAGGCCUAUUUCAAAUUCUUAACCAAAGUUUGGCUUAAACUAUUAACUAGAUUUGAUAAAUUUCUGUAAAAGUAGGUGCUAUUAUAACAGAUUUAUUUGUCAACUUCAACGCUCUUCUUAGAAAGAAAUUAGUUGAAAGAAAUAGACGUUUAAGCAGGAAACUGCCGUGCCGUUCGUCUUCAAAGCGGCCGUUCGUCAGCGCUGCAACGGAACAAAGACGAACAAUCCUCUGGUUCGUUGCACAUCCUCGACAAAAAAGAAGAGAAACGAACCAGAAGAUGGCUCGUCGUUUCAUCGAGUGUGGAAGACUGUAGCGGUAAUGAAUUUGGAGGCGGCGGCUGGCGGCAGAAUGUGAAGGGAAGGAGAAGAUCUAUUGAUUUAGGUUUAGUUUUUCUUAUGAAUUAUGAAAUGAUUUAUUUUAGAAAUACAAAA